UACCCUAACCUGGGCUGGUCUGUAACCUGGAGCCAAUAAUGUCUUUUGUGGGAGGUGCCCACAGGGCAGGAUCUAUAUUGGUCUUGGCCUGCAACGCCUCCCGGCACCUUGCAGUAGGUGAGACGACACCAACAUCGCCAUUCGCCGUUGAUGGCCGCACUACCCUGGAAGGAUCCUCUGGGCGGAAUCGUCAUCGAGAGGCAUCCUACACCAGAAACCUCCGUUCUCUCGUCCGCCCUUUCCAAUCCCGAUGUCUUCCACGACCGUAUGGAAGAAGUGGGCAGAGUCUUCGGCCUGUACCAGCCGAACGCAGUACCGGACGACACGACCCGGGUACUAAGGCACGCCGUGGACAACCUGCCGAAACUUGGCAGCCUCCAACUUAUCGGAGAGAUUCUGGAAAUCGACCGCGACCAUGAGAAGCUCCGGCAACUGAGAAACUUUUUCGUAGACGCAGUGCUAAAGCCGAUCGGAUCGACGACAGGGAAAACCGCUGUCCCCUCUCGUCGUUCAGCCGACUCCGACGAGACCGUCACAAUCCUAUCGGGAAUGGAGGUGUCGACGCGAGAUGAACAGCGAGCACUCAAGCAGAACUGUUUACGCAGGGAUGGUUAUCGCUGUAUGAUUUCCGGAAAAUUCGACUUGCCCUCGAGACAGGACGAAUUAUACCAUCCAAAUCCUGGAGAGAUCGGCAAAUACACAAUGCUGCCACAUUCUCCCAUUUGCUCUUAGGAGAUUCAAUGAGGCGAAUGCGAUGGAGAGACGAAAGCAAGGAUUUGGUGGGCGCUGAACCGGUACUUCCCUUCGCUUCGUGGUAAAAUCGACGCC